AUGAAGUUCACUACUGGCACCAUUGUAGCUUUCGCUGCCCUCAUGUCUACCGCAUCUGCCCAUCUUACCAUGUCUAAUCCCGCCCAGUGGCAAGUCGCCGAGUCUGCGAGUGGUGGUAACCAAUUUCCGCUCAAAGAGAGUGGUGAAGACUACCCUUGCCCUGGCGUUGCCCCCGCUGCUCCUGUAGCAACAUACACUCCGGGCCAAAAGGCAACUCUGCAGGUUGUAGGCAGUGCAACCCACGGUGGUGGUUCCGGCCAGAUGUCAAUCACCUACGACCCAAAGCCCAAUGCGAGCUCAAAGUUCGGUGUCAUGACUUCGUGGGAAGGUAACCACCCAGUUUCUGCCGCGGGCAACGGCACACCAGACCCAACCGCGAAGCUUCCUCCACUUACUUUCACCGUCCCGAAGGGUCUCCCUGCCGGACCUGCUGUGGUUGCUUGGACCUGGUUCAAUAAAGUCGGAAACAGAGAGAUGUACAUGCGCUGUGCAUCAGUCAUGAUUGGUGGUAGCGAGAAGUCAACUGCAGCAUUCGACGCCCUGCCAACUAUCUUGAGAGCCAACUCCGGUAACGGCUGCCUUGUGCCUGAGGGCAUCACCGCCAUCAAGUUCAAGAAUCCUGGUCCUGAGGUGUUCGGUACCGGUGUCACCCCCGUUGAGUGCGACAAAUCCCAGCCCGGCAAGGGGAAGAGGGACAUCCGUUUCUCGACCGCCCACAAGCACCGUCGUCAGGUCGAGGCUUAA